GGCCGCUUCUCUCGCCUCAGUGCCCUCAGUGCAGCAAGCGACCAGUCCGCCGAUGGCGGCCGCGGCACAAGCGUUCCGGGUUUCCGCGAGCGAACUCCUCGUGCAGCUGCUUGGCUUCUCCUCCACUCGGACUCCCAAGCGCACCUAACCUCUACCGAGGCCAGGAUGUAAACUCGCGGCGACGACUUAACCUUUAUCUCGAUAAACGACGCUCGCGAGUGCACCGGAGAAUUUCCUCGAUUCGGAUUUUAGUGCAGACUCGCCGUGUAUAGUAUAGUGGCCGCUACUACCGCCGCUGCUGCUGCUGUGCCUGCUGUAUAGCUGUGUUGUGGAGCUGUCAAAGAAGCCGCUCUCUGCGCGCGGUAUACGUGGAGUUCUACCUUUACUCGGACAAUCGGGGAAUCGCGCUCUCGUUGUUGUUUCCCUUUUUAAUCGCGGAGAGAGAGAGAGAGAGAGACCGGGCUCGUGCGCGCAUAUAACUAUAUACGCCUGACGCGAGAAUAAUAAUCGAGCAGCGGCAGCUGGAGACUCGCUUUCUCUCCUUCUGCAUACAACGCGCGCCAGGCGUAAGGAGAAGAGGAAGGAAUAGAGGAGAGUGUCUGCAGCAGGCGCAGGAUGCGAGGGAGCAACUCCAGCGUAGAAAUACCACGACGACGACGAGGCUUCUAGUGCGUUUUUUCGGACUUCUUUCGCGCGUUUUGACACCGCGGAUAAUUCCUUGUGUCAAGUUUAAACAGUAUAUAGACAGUCGUCAGGAUGUUGGGCUCGACGAGAACGUGGACGUUGCUGCUGGCCGCGUGUAUGCUCGUCGCACCGGCUGCCGGCUUCUUCAAUCUCUUCCUGAACCAGGUGGAGGUCCGCAAACUCAUGGGACUGAAGGCUGAGCUGUACUACGUGCGCGAGGGAGUGAUUAACGAGUAUGCGAUGAAGUUUGUGGUGCUUGUGUCAGCGCAGGUUCACAAGCUGCACUUCACGUGGGAAAAUCUCGCCGGCAGGCCGUUGCCGUACACCGUAGCCGUGGACAUCAGCAACCCCUCGGCGUUGAGCAGUUCCCUCAACAUCUCGGACGCCGGUGAGAUCCCAGUGGGCGGCCUCCAGACCUGGGCGGUAGCCCUCCACUGCGGCCCUUACGACGCCGAGAUCGACCUGGCAUUGCGCAUCAACGUCUCGCUGUCCCGACGCAACAACACCUACCUCGAGUUCAAGCGCAAGAAGAUCUGUCUGAAGGACCAGAGCAACUAUCCCGGACCCGAGGAGGUCUCCGUCGCAGCUUCCGGUACCACUUCCGGCGGCCAAGUCUUCUACGCCGCUGUGGGAUGCGCCUGUGCUUUCAUCGCCGCCAUCUGCGUCCUGGUGCUCGCCUACUAUGUCAGAGACAAGAAGGCCAGGAGACACAGGGAACCUCUGCAGGAGUCCAGGGGACUCGGCUCAGCUUGCAGCGUCGAACGCGGCACCGGAAUCGGACCUGCGCAAACUUUCCUCUCGCCGGAGACGCCGCCACCGGCAUCCGCUGCCUCCGUUUCGACCUACCGGAGACUCGACGACAGGUCCAACCGGGAGCUCUACGAGAGGAUCCAGGAGAUUACCGUUCAGAGAUGUAGAGUACGUCUGCUGAGCGUGGAAAUGGAAGGAACCUUCGGCCGCGUCUACCGAGGCAGUUACCACGAAGAAGGCGCCACGACGCCGAAGGACGUCCUCGUCAAGACAGCCGCUGAACACGCCUCACAGCCUCAGAUGGCCUUGCUGUUACGGGAAGGUCUGGCUCUGUAUGGCCUGAGUCACCCGGCACUGCUGCCAGUGCUCGGCGUGUCGAUCGAGGAGAGGGGCGCACCCUUCCUGCUCUACCCGCACACCGGUUACAAGAACAUGAAGAGGUUCCUGCUGCGCUGCAAACUCAGCAGCGAAGGCCCGCCUCGCGCACUCACCACUCAGGAGGUCGUCGAGAUGGCCCUGCAAGCUGCCAAGGGUGUCCAGUACCUGCACCGCAAACGGCUCGUGCAUCGAGAUCUGGCCGCCAGGAACUGUGUAGUCGACGAUGAGCUCCGUGUACAAAUCACCGAUAACGCACUGGCGCGUGAUCUCUUUCCUCAAGAUUACUACUGUCUGGGCGAUAACGAAAACCGACCGAUCAAGUGGCUGGCGAUCGAGAGCCUGCUCAGCAAAUCGUUUAGCACUGCCUCCGAUGUGUGGGCGUUCGGCGUACUUCUAUGGGAACUAACGACGCUGGCGCAGCAACCUUACGUCGAAGUUGAUCCGUUCGAGAUGGCGUCCUAUUUGAGGGACGGCUAUAGGCUUGCCCAGCCCGUCAACUGUCCAGACGAGCUUUUCGCUGUGAUGGCUUACUGCUGGGCAAUGUCGCCCGACGAGCGACCCACCUUCAGCCAGCUGAUCGUCUGUCUGCAGGAGUUCCACGCCCAACUCACCAAAUACGUCUGAAGCGAUUGCGCACUGGCAAACGCCAAGAUUAAUCGGAGUAGUGACUUUAGUCAUUGUAGGAUCGCUCUUUGAUCGAGAGGGCCAUGCGAGCGUAACUUUUUGCGAAUUGACGGAUUCAGUGCUGAUUUUGAGAUUUUUGUUUGUAAUGACACUGCUGUAUUCUUUGAAAAAUCGCAAAAAAAAGAAGCAGCGUUAUACUUAAAAGUACGUUGUUCUUAGACGAAGAGGAUUGAGAUAAAAUUGCGUUGCUUUUAAAGCCAAAAUUCUUGAUAGUGGAUAUUAAGACUAAAUAUUUUUUGUCAUUCUCUUAUUGCAAACACUGAUCAAAACGAACGGUGUACAAACAGUAUGUUUGAAUGUUCGUAGGGUACACUGAAUCUUAAUACGAGUAAAUCGAGUUGUUAUUAAAUGAUAGAUCAGCUAACAAAGUAUGUUUAUUCUAUUAAUCUUAAAAUCAAAAUAACCAGCCUAGUGCGAAAGAUAUUUAAGAUAACUUAUGACCUUUCAGCAAAGAGUGAUUCGAUUGUUAAAAGACUCGGGAAUGUCGAAGCAUCACAAUCAUAAAACUAAAACAAAAGGAGCUUACAGAAUAAAUUAUAAAAGAUGUUAUAAAGUAGAUCGAUAAAUAUUUCAAGUUUAAGGGAAUCAUUAAAAUUAGGCUAAGGUUCGAAUUUUGAAAAUGACUUAAACUGGUUCUUUGAUUUACUUGAAUUGCAUUCAAUUUUUGCGGUUUUCAUCAUUCUCGUUUUAUUUUAGUCUCUUGUCUGUGUGUAAUUCAUCUCGAGCUUGUAAAUAUUUGUAACGUAUUCUGACUUAUUUACUAAUGUAAGUGAUUUAUAGCAUUUAAGAUUCCGAGACUUUAUUAUGAUUUAAAUAUUUUAAUUUUGUUGAAAAUUUACUAAAACGAUAUGACGUUUUGUGAAAACGUUGAUCUCAUCGAAGGAAAGUUAGAACUGAUGAAAAAGAAAACAUUUUGUUGAGGGCUCUUGCCCGUCUUCUUGGGACCUCUUGUGUCAUCCUAUUAGAAGGCGUCAAAUUCGAGCGUGCCAACACUUUCUUUUGUAUUUUUGUAUAUACUUAGAUAAGAUUUAAUCGCCGCCGUCUAGCCUGUAGUACCGCGAAAGUAAUCGAAAUUUCCAUUUCGUUCAAAAGACUAUAUGACGUAAAAGAGAAAAUCAAAUCAUUGCUUGCCAAAAUUUCAGUUCAUAACAAAUAUUCACGAACUCUCUCUGACCAUUUCGAAGCGCACAAGCUAAAAAAAAAAGUAAACGUCCGAUUCGAAAUAGCGAAAGAGAGUCCAUAACUUAUUGCUCUCGAUAAAUAUAAUAUCUCUAUGUGAGUUGCACGAAAUGAUUACCGAACAUGCCACUGCACAAACUCUCGCUUCGAGUAUGGAGAUUGUCGAAACCACGACUUUCGCCUUGUACACCAGCCGAUCACACACUGUAAAUAUCCAGUAGCCUAAAAAUAAAGAAGCCUGUACAAAGACGAAGUAAUAAAACAAACUAAACUAAA